AUGGCCGCCGUCUGCACAUACUUCAGCAGCACCGUCCUGGCCGAGCGCGCCUGCGUCCUCGCCGACGACGACGACUGCGACUUUGAGCUGGGGCCGCCGCCGCCCAUGCACAUGGGCCCGACGCUCAUGCGCCAGUGCGCCGUCGACUUGACGCUCCCGCAGACAACGCUGCCGUCGAUCUCGAAUACCUCGAUGCGCAAGCUCUGCUUUGCGACCGCUCGAAGCAGCUCGCUCGAGCAGCAGCGCGUGCUCUGA